AUGGCGGCCCACCCCGAUGGCGGCGGCUGCCGGGCUCUCCCCGAGGAGGGGCCCGGCGGGGAGGGGGCGGCGGCGGCCGAGCGCGGGGACCUGCGCAGCGUCCUGGUCACCAGCGUCCUGAACCUGGAGCCGCUGGACUUGGACCUCUUCCGGGGGAGGCACUACUGGGUGCCCGUCUCGCGGCGGCUCUUCGGCGGGCAGAUCGUGGGCCAGGCGCUGGUGGCGGCCGCCAAGGCGGUGGGCGAGGAGCUCCAGGUCCACUCGCUCCACUGCUACUUCGUCCGGGCAGGGGACCCAUCGGUGCCGGUUCUCUAUCAGGUCGAGCGCACCCGCACAGGCCAGAGCUUCUCCGUGCGCUCGGUCAAGGCCAUCCAGCAUGGGAAGCCCAUCCUCAUCUGCCAGGCCUCCUUCCAAGAGGUUCAAGCCAGCCCUGUGCAGCACCAGUUCCACAUGCCCGAUGUGCCCCUCCCGGAGGAGCUGCAGACCCAGGAGGAGCUCAUCCAGAAGUACCUGCAGGACCCAAACCUCAUGGAGAAGUACAGACGGGGGCUGAACAAGAUGCUGGCACAAGAAGUCCCCAUUGAGAUGAAGCCGGUCAACCCGCCUGACUUCUUCCGCCGGAACCCUCAGGAGCCCAAACAGCUCUUUUGGGUCCGGGCCCGAGGCCACAUUGGCGACUGUGACAUGAAGCUACACUGCUGUGUGGCUGCCUACAUCUCCGACUAUGCGUUCCUGGGUACGGCCUUGCUACCUCACUACCACCGCCACCGUGUCCGAUUCAUGGUCUCGCUGGACCACUCCAUGUGGUUCCACGCCCCCUUCCGAGCCGACCACUGGAUGCUGUACGAAUGCGAGAGCCCCUGGGCUGGCGGGUCCCGAGGACUGGUGCAUGGACGGCUGUGGCGGAGGGAUGGCGUGCUGGCGGUCAGCUGUGCCCAGGAAGGAGUCAUCAGAGUGGAGGAACCUCCCCCCAAGAGCAAACUGUAGCAAAUGCC